AUGGAUCACUCAUACUCUUAUGACAUUAUGGAAGAAUCGUUUAAUAAUGAAAUGUCUACAAACAUUAAUAAGGACAACGAUUUAAAAAUUGAUGAAAAGGAGGGAGAAGAUUAUUUAAUAGAUCUAUAUAGAGAACGACAUUUCUUAUAUGAUAAAAGAGAUAGAAACUUUAAAGAUAACGAAAUGAAAGCAAAUGCUUGGUUAGAAAUAUCUAAAAUUAUGAUAGAGAAAAAUUGUGGAAAUUAUUAUACACCAGAGUACUGCCAGAAAAGACUAAAGACCUUGAGAGAAAAAUUUAGUCGUUUGCAAAGAAAUGACAAAAAUACUAAAAGUGGUAGCGCAGCAUCAACUGAAAAACCAUCACCGUUAUUAAACCAAAUGUCCUUUUUAAAUACUUAUAUACAGAGACGCAGAACUUACAGCAAUGUGAGGGAUGUUACAGCAAAUGAAAAUUCAACAGAAAAUAUGAAUCCAAUUUCUGACGAAAAUCCAACGAAAAAGCCCAGAAUAUUAGAAAAUAAAACAAAAGAAAAUAAGGAUUUAAAAAAAAAAUCAGACGAAGAAAACAUUUUGAACGUUAUAAGUAACUUAACGAAUAGUAUUGUAGCAGAGACUUCAAGUUUAAAUUUGAGAACCGUCGAAACUGUAUUUGCAGAAUAUAUUGCAUUAGAAUUACAGAAAAUGAAUGAGCCAGAAAGAAGUAUUAAAAAGCAAAAAUUAAUGGAAGUAUUAAUUACUCCACUUUAA